AUGACCAGCGAGUUGAGUUUUUGGGUUUGUGCACCGAAUACAGACUUUCCUUGUGCGUUGGAUAUAAUCAACCUGAUUCUUGAACCUAUCGGCAUAUCACUAAAUGUUUGGGUACUUCAUAUGCUGUGCCGCUUGCGGGGCAAAACACUGACCAGCCUUACGUUGCUGCGAACACUCACCUGCACCGCACUUCUGACCCUCCUUAUGAAUUUCAUAGAGGACGUCUACCCAUUUCCUCUGUCGACCGACAGUUACGUCUUCAACCGUAUUGCCUGUUACGUCUGGUACAGUCGAUUCUUCUAUUGGAUAUUUGUUGUUAUGGGUGGCCUUGUGCUGACCUACUUUACGGCUAAUCGAGCCAUACAGAUUGUCUGCAAAUACCAAUUUGCGUACAGCUCUUCGCAGGCUGUGGAAUUAGGCUCAGUUGCCGCCAUUGUUGUAUUCAGUGCUCUGCUCACUUUGCCACAAGCCAUUACUGUGCAAACGGACGGAAAACGAUGUAUUUGUUUUGAGAAGCCUAUCAAAAUUCCGAACGUAGUUUGGACCUUCACAGAGGUUUAUCUCUUCUUCUCCGUUCUCCUUGUGCUCAACGGCAUUAUCCUCACCUUCUCCUGUGUAAAGGUCCUUCGAUGGAUGCAUCAGACGCCCAGGGACAGCCAGAUCGACACGGUGAACAGUGUCUGCUUUCCAGGUACGCCAACGGAACUGGUCGAAAGGUUUGCCAACUGCCGAGGCUGGAAGACAGCCUCUGUAUGCAUGGUGCCGCUCUCCGUCAGUUAUGUAAUCUGCUUCGCCUACGACAGCAUCUAUCAGUUUAUUUGUGCAACUGGGCUCUGCACCUAUGUGAUCCAUAGCCCUGCGCAGAAGUUCGGGGGCACCCUGUUAAUUCUGCACGCUGUAAACGUACCUAUCAUCCUACUCAUCUUCAUUCCAGCUCUUCGACAUGAGGCUUGUCUGUUGAAAAGUCGUUUUGCCAAUGCAGUACGAAGAAGCGCACAAGCUUAG